UUCACUGACAUCAUUUCUAGACUCCUUUAAAAGGCGGAUGCAGGCACAGGAGACUAUCUCGGACCCCCAGCUGUUGUGUGGACCUCAGUCUGAUCACCAUGCGUGAAAUUGUACAUGUGCAAAUUGGACAAUGUGGCAACCAGAUCGGCUCAAAGUUCUGGGAGGUGAUCAGUGAAGAACAUGGGAUCAAUGCGACAGGCAUCUAUGAAGGAGACAGCCCCCUGCAGCUGGACAGAAUCAAUGUUUACUUCAAUGAGGCCUUUGGUGGUAAAUAUGUGCCCAGAGCUCUUCUGGUGGACCUGGAGCCCGGCACCAUGGACAGCAUUAGAGGAAACCGGAUCGGAGCCCUUUUUCGACCUGACAAUUUCAUCCAUGGGAACUCGGGUGCUGGAAACAAUUGGGCGAAGGGCCACUACACAGAGGGAGCAGAGCUGGUGGAGCAGGUUGUUGACAGGGUGAGGCACGAGAGUGAAGGCUGCGAUUGCCUGCAGGGCUUCCAGCUCGUUCACUCCUUAGGGGGUGGGACUGGCUCUGGCAUGGGAACCCUAAUUAUCAACAAGAUCAAAGAGGAGUUCCCCGACCGCAUCAUGAACACCUUCAGCAUCAUGCCCUCGCCUAAAGUCUCAGACACCGUCGUGGAACCCUACAACGCCACGCUCUCAGUACACCAACUUAUAGAGAACACAGAUGAGACUUUCUGCAUCGACAAUGAGGCCCUCUACGACAUCUGCUUCCGCACGUUAAAACUAACCACACCAACUUACGGGGACCUCAAUCACCUAGUCUGCAUGACCAUGAGCGGGGUCACAACCUCUCUGAGGUUCCCCGGACAGCUCAACGCUGACCUGAGGAAGCUGGCCGUCAACAUGGUGCCCUUCCCUCGACUCCACUUCUUCAUGCCAGGCUUUGCCCCUCUAACAGCCCGUGGCAGCCAGCAGUACAGAGCCCUCACUGUGCCGGAGCUCACGCAGCAGAUGUUUGACGCCCGCAACAUGAUGACGGCCUGUGAUCCAAGGCGAGGCCGCUACCUUACAGUUGCCGGUAUCUUCCGUGGUAGGAUGUCAACCAAAGAAGUAGACGAACAGAUGCUUGCAAUCCAGCAGAAAAACAGCACCUAUUUUGUGGACUGGAUACCCCAUAAUGUCAAGGUUGCAGUCUGUGACAUCCCUCCAAAAGGCCUAAGAAUGGCCUCUACGUUCAUUGGCAACAACACAGCCAUUCAGGAGAUCUUCCGGCGAGUGGGUGAGCAGUUCUCCCUGAUGUUCAGGCGCAAGGCCUUUCUCCACUGGUACACAGGGGAGGGGAUGGAUGAACUAGAGUUCACAGAGGCAGAAAGCAACCUCAACGACCUGGUGUCAGAAUACCAGCAGUACCAAGAGGCCACCGCCGAUCUUGGAUGGGAGCCCGAGGAGGAAGAAGAAGAAGAAGCAUCCUCAUCUGCUGUCACGAGCCAGGUUCAGUCUCGAACGGAGGUCAAACUGGAAACAGUGGAAGAAACAAUCCAAGAAACUGUAGAGUAGGACAAAACACAGAGUGUGCAUCUAUAUCUAUGUCAAUUAGCCACGGUUGGUAAUAUAUUUGUUAAGCUACGUUCACACUGAACGUGAUUUGUGCGUCAAUGUACAGACACUAUCAGAGGCAGAAUUUGAGCGUUGGACGUAGCAUGCUGGUCUUGCAGAAGCGUUUUGGGUGGUGCGGUGCGUCAAGAGUUCAAAUAUUUGGACUUUGUUGAAGGACAACCAAUAAGAGACUCAGCUUUGAACCAUGAUGUUGAUGAAACAAUCCCCGGGAGAAGUUUAAAGCCAACAUGGAGGAGAAUCUGAUCAGUCUCCUCCCGAACUUUAUGAUAUUUUUCUUAAUUAUAUAGUGACAAUAAUAAAAAGUGCCUCUGGUUGUAUUCUUGUUGUUUACCUCUUCAAACUGAACCUUCAAACUGGGUCAUAGAGAGACAGAAAUACUGCUGAAAGUUGUUGUCCAGUAGAUGUUGAACCCUUUCAUAUUGCAAGAGUGAUCUCAUGAACCCAGACAUGGAGACGUGAUUACCAACACUUAAAAAUAAAUAAACCUGAUCUCUCAAAACCAUCCGUGUCUCAUAUGCAUUGUAAAGGAGACAUACAGUCAAAGCUUCCAUGUAGAGAUGAGGCUAAAAACUUUAGGCAGUACUCCUCCCAAACUUCUCAAAAAUCUAAACUUCUUGGCAGCAGGAUCUUUAUCCAACUGUGAUACUUGACACAUUUGUGCAUUCAAAGGAUGUCCAUGAGACAAAAGUUGUCAUCAGAAACUAUGUCCACUGUGCUUUGAGAACAUGUAAGAAGUGAAACCUUCUUAGGUCAUUUUUUUUCUUUGUUUGUUUUUUUUGGCUUGUUGUGUACACAAACAGCUUACAAAGAGGUGGAUCUGACCUAAGCUCUUCGGGACACAUGGCAAAAAUUAUUCUUAAACAAAUGCAUAUAGUUGGUCCCUGUUAAUGCUGUGAAACUCUAAAUAUAAUAAGUAGCAUUUCAAAAUGGAAAAAUACCAAUUCUGCUUUUAUUUGCCAUUUUCCUUUUGUCAACCCCUUUUUUUACUCUUAAAUGUCCAGAUAUAUGUUUUUAUUUGUGUCCUUAUCACCAAGUAUAUUUUUUAACCAUUUAAAUAAUUUUAGCAACACUUCUAUUGCACUAUAAUGAUGACAAAUCUGUUUAUUAGUUGUAUUUUUUGAUCACUUCUUAUAUAUGUUUUAUUGCUAACUACAAUUCUGACAACAUUAUAAAAACUAUCAAAGCAACACAAAACACGUGCUAAAAUAUUUCUUUUUCAGGUUUAUCAGAAAUACCCUGCCCAAAUAAAAACAAAACUUGUAUUUGUGUCACAAUCACUUGCAUUUUAAUAUUUUUGAAGCAUUUCUGUAAUAAAGCAAAACAAGCUGGAUUGUAUAAUAUAAAGGUAAAUAUAUUCAUGUGUCACUUUUCUUUUCUUGGUGCUGUUGUCUCAGAAAAUAUGAAUCAAUUUUAUUUCUAUUUGAAAUUAUUAGUAUUCCUGCAUGAUGAGAUUUUUUUUUGCUUAAAUUGUAUUUUAAGUUAAGCUUUAGAUGACCAAAGUUGAAUUUUAUGUUUUUGUUCUCUGCCUUCCAAUGCUUUAGGGAAAAAAAGUAAUGUGUAAAUCAUAUAUUUUUUGUACUAGAAUGCUAUUAAAUAGAUAAAAACAACUGAAACAGGAUGGAAUAAAAGUUUACCAAAAAUAUUA